AUGAUCGCCGCAACUGUCGCCGAAUACGAGGCCUUUCUAGCAGAGCUCUACCCCCUAGCUCAUCUCCCGGGUCGUGACGCUGGCGUUCCCCUUGCUCCCAUAAACGUCAUCGACGCCAUUGCGGAGACAGAGAAGGCUGGUGCAUUUCCCUCACCAUCGAGGAGACUACACUCUACAAAGGCCUUGAGAUCAAAGAUGGCCCAGCUCAACCUCCUCAAGGAACUGAGAGCCGGGGCCCACAAAAAUGGCCUCCUUUAUCCCCGCGAGUUCCGCGAGGCAGCAGAGAAGAAGCGCACGCGCGAGAAGAUUCGCAGAACCAUCCAGCGCCAGUUUGAUGAACUGCAGUACCGGCACGCCUACCUCACCCGGGCAGUCGGGACCCACCGCCGUGACGCCCGCGCCGCCGCUGCAGACAUGGAAGCCCUGGAGCAGGAGAUCCGGAAAGAGGUCCUCGCUGCCGGCUACUCGUCCAUUGAUGGAAUGAUGGAGGCGACCGCCACUUUGCAGCGGGGACUCACCAGGCAGCUUCGAAACAGUCCUGAGAUGGUGGGUGGUGCCAACACGGCGCCCAGCGUCGAAAAAUCGAGCCUCCUGUGUUUGUCGAUUUGCUGA